UUCAUUUAUUGUUUCCUUCAUUUACCACACUUCUAAUUUUGCUUUACGAUCCAUUUUAUGAGGCCUAAAUUGCAACGAAUUGCAGCUGCUUCUUUUCUCUUAAGGACCUCAACAGCGCCUUUUUGGAGGAAUAAUGUAUAUAUCAAGCCGACCCUAACAUAUCAUUUACCUUCUUAUUUCCACCAAGUGGUGCCGUCGACAGAUACAACAACCUACCGCUCUUUUAGUACUUCUCACACAUCAUUUCUCAUCAGUAAUAAUGCAACAGCCUCUACUACAGCAAUAACUGAAGAUGACCAUGAUACCGAUAGUGACACUACUUCUGUCAAUAAGAUACCCACCCCACAUACUGCAUCCGAUAAAUUUCAAUUUGUAGCUUAUGCAGCUUGGCACCCCAAAGCCCGGCAAAAAACAACAGCAAACAACAAUGAAAAAGCUUACUGGAAACAAGCAACAAGUGCUGGUAAAGUAGAUGCUGGAGAAGAUGCUUUUUUUCAAACCACGACGCCUGAAGGGCUAGCCAUCGGUGUAGCGGAUGGCGUUGGCGGUUGGAGCCUUGUAGGAGUAGACCCUGCCUUGUUUUCAUGGACAUUGAUGGAUAAUGCUGCUACCGUAGCGAAGAACACAAAACAAUCGAUUAACGCUCAUGAUAUUUUAGAGUCUGCUUUCCAUGAACUGAGGAAAAGUGGUAAAGUGGCAGCAGGCAGUAGCACAGCAUGCAUACUGAGUUUGUCAAAAGCAACAGGAGAAAUGACAAGUUGCAAUUUGGGCGAUUCAGCAUUUCUGUUGGUGAGAGAUCAAAAGAUUGUUUAUGAGAGUCCUAGCCAACAGCACUAUUUCAACUGCCCUUAUCAGCUAACAGUUGUGCCAGAAACGUACCCCAAUCGUGAUGAACUUGUCACAGAUCUUCCAAAAGAUGCAGAUACUAGAAAGUUUCUUCUGAAAGAUGGUGAUUUGAUCUUACUGGCAACAGACGGGUAUUUCGACAAUAUGUAUGCCGAGGAAACAUUGGAAAUAAUUAAUAAUGGCAUGCAAUCAGUGUACAACAAUCACAACAAUGAAGAAGUAGUAACAGCAACUAUACGAUCAUUAGCAAAAACUUUAACGGAUAAAGCACGUCUAUUAAGUUUGAAUCCCAAACGAAUGAGUCCAUGGGCAAAAGCAGCACAAGCACAUGGUAGCAACUAUAGAGGCGGUAAAGUGGAUGAUAUCACCUGUAUUGUGACUUUUGUACGUCAUAAACAAUAAGCCAAGUUCAAAUAACCAUUUUCAAAAAGCUUGGUGAAUACCUUUUUUUUUCCCCUUUUGUAU